AUGGCUUGUUGCAUUCUUGCAGCAGCAACAGUCCUCGUCCUCGAGACAGAAGCAGCAAAAGAAGGCCCAUACGAUUUCUCCAAAAUCACCUACCGAUGGCACAGAACCUUUUGCAACAUGCCCGUCCCAGAGUUUAAUCAAUCUGGAUGCACUACUGUCCAACCUGCAAAUCCAGACACAAUUACAGAAACAUUACUGAAUCCAAUAUUACCGAAAAUGUAUAUAUAUUGGCCCAAUCUGCUAAGGCCCCACUGGAGAACAGGGAAUGUAAGUUUUUGGCGAUAUCAAUGGAAGAAGCACGGGAGAUGUUUUGACCAUCCCGACAAACCUUUUCAUUAUUUUAACAUUACUUUAAAGUAUGUCGAGGAAAAUAAUAUGUUUCAAAAACUUAAAGAAGUCUUUUUGGGUAUGAAACGUAGAGGAGGCAUAGAACCCGAUGAUAUGGGUGGAUAUCUUGGUUCAGAGAUUGCUGGUGUGUUUAUUGAUAUUGGAGAAUUACAAGUUGAAAUUGUUUGUUUUAAAAUUGGUGAACGUUUACAACUUUAUGAGCUGAGAGUAUGCUUUGCAAGUGAUGGUACAAGAAUGGCAUGCCCUACUCCAUUUAAAGGAUGUCAAGAGUCUGACACCAUUUGGUACCUUCCUCCUUAG